CUCGGGUUUACUUGCUUUGUUUGUCCGGAGCUGUUUUGGCUUCAGACUCCGAGGAGACGAGCAGAGAAGCAGCGACACCUCCGCCGACUGUCACCGAGCUGCGCCGUUAAACGCGUUGACCGCAUAUAAACCAGCUACUAACUGUGUCAUAACACCGAGAGAGAUGCCGUCCGACAGACCCUUCAAACAAAGGAGGACAUUCGCUGACCGGUGCAAAGAGGUCCAGCAGAUCCGUGAUCAGCACCCCAACAAGAUCCCUGUCAUCAUUGAGAGAUAUAAGGGAGAGAAACAGCUGCCUGUUCUGGACAAGACCAAGUUCCUGGUACCGGACCACGUCAACAUGAGCGAGCUGGUCAAGAUCAUCAGGCGCCGGCUGCAGCUGAACCCCACGCAGGCCUUCUUCCUGCUGGUCAACCAGCACAGCAUGGUGUCCGUGUCCACACCCAUCUCCGAGAUCUACGAGCAGGAGAGGGACGAGGACGGCUUCCUCUACAUGGUCUACGCCUCGCAGGAGACCUUCGGCUGCUAGGCAGGGGGAGGGGAGGGAGAGCGGGACAUCUUCAGGUGCUGGGAGGAUGGGGAGAGGGUAGAGGGGGACGCUUGAGGGGUAAAGAGAGGUGUACGGUGUCAGAAACCACCAAACUCCACGGUCCUCUCCACUUUGUUGCAUUGCAAGCCCACGUAGCAGCACCCCGUCAGCCAGUGUACAUGUGACAGACGCCCCCUGUCACUCUCUCUCCGUCGUAGUCGAGCACCCUCUUCUUCAUUUUGGUCAGUAACUUCAACACUAGCUACAGAAGCCAGAGGACAUCCUGUGCGUCUUUCCUGCCCUCAGAGUGAGAAUUCAGAAUCAAACCUGCGAGUGAUUCGAGUUUUGUUUUCUCUCUUGUUCUUUUGGUUCCACACAGUUCUCUUAUUUUGAAAGGGUGCGACUAACAAACCGAUGUUUUUGCGAGUAAAAUUGAUUUUCAUCCUCAAAACUAUACAAAAAAAAGCAAAAAAAAGACAAGCUGAACUUGAACCCGGGCAGUUUCAUGCGAGCCAGUUGGAGUCCAUGAUGUCGUCUGCAGCUCGCUGACGUGUACGCAGGUGAAACAGCACAGGUAGAUUCAUAACUAUCCAGUCAUUUAUAUCCUCAUCACUGCAGUAGUACAAGCUAGAUACAAGAUAGAUUCAUGGUGAUUGUUGUUUUACCUUUUAACUUUUUUAACAUAGUUUUUUUUAAUCAUUGUCUUUAUCUGGACACGUUAGCUGUAGUUUAGUUUGUGUAAUUUAGCCACUUUUGUUUUAAUCAUACAUUUACCAUCAGCCUGAAGCUCAACUUGCCAACUCUCCGCUGGCUACCGAGUAGCUGACAAUCAGGCUCGAUCUUACUUUGAUACUCGUAAAUUUAAUAACACUUUACAUGUGCAAUAUUUGUCCCCUCACACCCUGAACGCCACACGAUAUCGGCAGCACUACUCUCUCCUGUAAAGCUACUGUCAUGUACUGACUGCUCACUCAUAGAAGGGAAGUUAGCGUUAGCGCCAUUAGCCACAUGCUGCUACAUCCUAUCAGAGAGGAUGUUUACAGACUGAACUUGAUGUCUUUUUGCCCCCUAAGCACAAUACACACCUGUAGUGUCACUACUCACCUGUCUUCCUGCACACAGAGCUCACCCACAUCAUAAACAACCAAUCAGGUGCAGCAGAUUUAAAGGCCUACGCUGUAGAUUUUUAGGCAGUGGAAACAGGAGGGAUGCACUCUGAUCCGACAGACUGGAAGUUAGAUGCUUGCUUGCUUUUCAUGCUUGGUUAAAAAAUAAAUAGGAGGAAAAAAACCCAAAUGUCAGAGAUGAGAUCAUUGUGUGGCUUGAAACUGACAGUGUUGGUCAGGAUGAGCAGCACAGGAGGGGACACCGCCUGCACAGAGGCAAACAGAGGCUCACAAGCAGUCACACGGGGAUGAUUACAGGACAGGACGGGUUUGUUUUCCCACAUUGGCUCCAACAGCAGCAGCAGUGAAAUGCCAAUAAAGUGAUCCCAUUUUGUAAAUUAGGCGGAGCGGAUGCAGCCCGCAGUUGGCAGCAGUGGAAAGCCAGGAAGUAAUCAGAUCCCAGUUCAGCCUUUCAGGUGAGCCAGGUGAAGUCAGGCCCUGCGUUAUAACACCGUUUGUCGUCUGCGAGGGCGAUGCCCCCUCCUGGCCUCGUGUCCGACCGCUUGUAAGAACGCUGCGUGUGUCAUGGUAGCAUAGAGUCGAGCAUUAGACAUAAAAUGUAUUUAAUGUCAGAAAUGAAUGAGCUUCUUUUGCACAUAAAUUAAUACCAAUAUAAAAAGAGUUGGCAUAGAGGUUUUUUUUAGGAAUUACUUUAUCUAUAUAACAGUUAUCUCUUCUUUUGUAUCUACUCCUGUUCUGUAGAGCCCUGCUGCUCUCCGUACGUCUGUCUGCCUUUGUUUCAUAAGACUUUAUAGACGAAAGAGGUUGUGAUGCACUACAAACCUUGCAUGUUUUGACUUUUUCUUUUUUUAUAAAUGUAUAUUGAUUUUACGCAAUAGAUAUAAUUGUAUUGUUUAAUUAAGAAAGAAGAAAAAAAAAGUCUUUUUAGAUGUUUCCCAAAACCAAAAACUGAAAAUAAAUGUAUGUGUAUGUUUGAAACAAAACAAAAAAACACGUGUGUGCGUAUAAACGAUCAUAUAAUCGAGCUGUAUUACAAAAGUGUGUUUUUUCUUUAGGCUUCCUGACGUUGUCACUGUUUGGAGGGUGUACAUAGACGCAUUGCUACAACCUUAUUCAAAGCAUUUGCCAAUAAAUAAAAAAAGUUGCCUUUAACGUA